UUAGUUAUUUACGGUAACAGAAGUCGAAUGAAUUUAGAACCUCUGCGCUUCCCGUAGUGCGGACUGUACCAAGCCGGCCGGGGGAGAGGUGCAUCGCGGCCAGGCCCGGCCGUUCGCCCAGCGCCUUUGGGCAGACGCACGCAGUGGCCGGCUGUGUGACUUGAGGCGCACGUAGGGAGGCGGAUUAACACUAAAUCCCCACAAUGUCCCUGAAACCACGAGUAGUUGAUUUUGAUGAAACAUGGAACAAACUUCUAACAACAAUUAAAGCUGUUGUAAUGUUGGAUUAUGUUGAAAGAGCGACAUGGAAUGACCGCUUCUCGGACAUUUAUGCUUUAUGUGUGGCCUAUCCAGAACCUCUUGGAGAGAGACUUUAUACAGAGACUAAAUUUUUUUUGGAAAAUCAUGUACGCCAUUUGCACAAGCGUGUUCUGGAAUCUGAAGAACAAGUACUGGUUAUGUAUCAUAGAUACUGGGAAGAAUACAGUAAAGGGGCAGACUACAUGGACUGUUUAUACAGGUACCUCAACACACAGUUUAUUAAGAAGAACAAAUUAACUGAAGCUGAUCUUCAGUAUGGCUAUGGAGGUGUGGAUAUAAGUGAACCACUGAUGGAAAUAGGAGAGCUAGCACUUGAUAUGUGGAGAAAAUUAAUGAUUGAGCCACUGCAGGCCAUCCUCAUUCGAAUGCUCCUCCGAGAAAUCAAAAAUGAUCGCUGUGGAGAAGACCCAAACCAGAAAGUAAUCCAUGGGGUUAUUAACUCCUUUGUUCAUGUUGAACAGUAUAAGAAAAAAUUCCCCCUAAAGUUUUAUCAGGAAAUUUUUGAGUGUCCUUUUCUGAAUGAAACAGGGGAGUAUUAUAAACAAGAAGCUUCAAACUUAUUGCAAGAGUCAAACUGCUCACAGUAUAUGGAAAAGGUUUUAGGUAGAUUAAAAGAUGAAGAAAUGCGAUGUCGGAAGUACUUACACCCCAGCUCAUAUGAUAAAGUAAUUCAUGAAUGCCAGCAGCGAAUGGUAGCUGAUCACUUGCAGUUUCUGCAUGCAGAAUGCCAUAAUAUCAUCAGACAAGAGAAAAGAAGUGACAUGGCAAAUAUGUACACUCUGCUUCGUGCUGUGUCAAGUGGUUUACCUCAUAUGAUUCAGGAACUACAAAACCAUAUCCAUGAUGAGGGCCUUAGAGCAACCAGCAAUCUUUCUCAGGAAAAUAUGCCAACUCAGUUUGUGGAGUCAGUUUUGGAAGUACAUAGUAAAUUUGUUCAGCUUAUCAACACCGUUUUGAAUGGUGACCAGCACUUUAUGAGUGCCCUUGACAAGGCUCUAACAUCAGUAGUAAACUAUAGGGAACCCAAGUCGAUCUGCAAAGCACCUGAGCUGCUGGCCAAGUAUUGUGACAAUUUGCUGAAGAAAUCAGCCAAAGGAAUGACAGAGAAUGAAGUAGAAGAUAAACUUACAAGUUUCAUUACUGUUUUCAAAUACAUUGAUGACAAAGACGUUUUCCAGAAGUUCUAUGCCAGAAUGUUGGCAAAACGAUUAAUUCAUGGUUUAUCUAUGUCUAUGGACUCAGAAGAAGCCAUGAUUAAUAAACUAAAGCAAGCCUGUGGUUAUGAGUUUACCAGCAAGCUCCAUCGAAUGUAUACAGACAUGAGCGUUAGCGCUGAUCUCAACAAUAAAUUCAACAACUUUAUCAAAAACCAGGAUGCCAUUAUAGAUUUGGGAAUUAGUUUUCAGAUAUAUGUUCUACAGGCUGGCGCAUGGCCUCUAACUCAGGCUCCUUCAUCAACGUUUGCAAUUCCUCAGGAACUGGAAAAAAGUGUACAGAUGUUUGAAUUAUUUUACAGUCAGCACUUCAGUGGGAGGAAGCUUACUUGGUUACAUUAUCUUUGUACAGGUGAAGUAAAAAUGAACUAUUUGUGUAAACCUUAUGUAGCCAUGGUCACAACAUACCAAAUGGCAGUACUGCUUGCCUUCAACAACAGUGAAACUGUCAGUUAUAAAGAGCUUCAGGAUAGCACACAGAUGAAUGAGAAGGAACUGACAAAAACCAUCAAAUCGUUACUUGAUGUCAAAAUGAUCAACCAUGACUUAGACAAGGAAGAUAUAGAAGCAGAGUCUACUUUUUCAUUAAAUAUGAACUUCAGUAGUAAACGAACAAAAUUUAAAAUUACCACAUCAAUGCAGAAAGACACACCACAGGAGAUGGAGCAGACCAGAAGUGCUGUAGAUGAAGACAGGAAAAUGUACCUUCAAGCUGCUAUAGUCCGUAUCAUGAAAGCACGUAAAGUGCUGCGACAUAAUGCUCUUAUUCAGGAGGUAAUUAGCCAGUCGAGAGCUAGGUUUAACCCAAGUAUCAGCAUGAUUAAGAAGUGUAUUGAAGUUCUGAUAGAUAAACAAUACAUCGAGCGAAGCCAGGCCUCAGCAGAUGAAUACAGUUAUGUAGCAUGAUGAUGCUCUCCAGCAGGUGUGGUUGUAAGGAGAUCAUUGCUGUCACUGUUUGGUGUGUUCCUGUGGGAAGAAGCAGGUCUGUGCCUCCAUAACUGGUCACUUGGCAGCCCCUGUUUUUCUGCUGUUUACAACAUCACCAGUGCCACGUCAUGAGCGUCAAUGAAAAUGCCUAUAGAUAUUUCAAGCUCAUGUCAUUAUGACAUUUCUUAAAACUUUACUAAAAGAAUGAGUGAAGUAUUGCUGAAAUGUGGAAAUUUGGUUGGGUACCAUGCUUUUUUUUUUUUUUUUUUUUUUUCCCCCCUCCUUCACGUUUGCAGUUGAUGUUUUUUAAUGUAUCUUAAAAGAAAAAGUUAAAAUAUUGUAAUAUGACAGAUAUCCUAAUAAUUGUAUCUACAUUAAAAUGUAAAAUAAAAAAGAUGAACAUGAUACUGCUGCUUGUCAAAUAAAAAAAAUAAAGAAAUGGAA